CAUAUCAGUUAUCUCGCAAUGGUGGAAAAUACGGAAUUGGCUGCAGCGUUGCCCCACAUUCUGUUGCCGAAUGAGGGCCUCUUGCUGCCGCGAGGCGCAUCGGCGUUAGACUUGGAGCAGAGAUUUGUGGAUGAAAUGGAUAGGUCCUUGAAUGAAUGUGCUCCGGGCUUUUCCUGGAGCCCUCAGUCGAACAGUUGCGUGCCAGAUAUAGUUCAGCGUACGGCCAGGUGCCCGUAUGGAUAUGUCAUGAAUGUACGGUUGAACGAAUGCCGCCGAGCUAAAUACGAAUUAAAGCCCGAGCGUGGAACGAUCAAAAGAUGGUGGGAUUCGGUAUUCAAUAAGAAUACAGCGGGAGGUAGUGGGUCAGUUGCAUCUGCAACACCAAAGCCAGGAUCAGCAGCGGACUACGCCACCCAUACACCACCCCAAAGACCCCCCACUAGCAGUCCUGAAGCGUGGUUCGGCUAUGGCUAUAAUUUCGGUAGACAUGAGCCUCACUGGUAAAGUGUUUGUGGCAUCGAAAUGUUUCCAUGUUUAUCAAAAUAAUUCCUUGACCACGACAUGGACAAAAAAGGAAAUAGAAAUUUAUAAAAUAAAUUUCACGAUAAGGUGAAAACUGUGGCGAUAUAAUUUGUAAAGGAGCAUCAAAAGUCUUGUAAGCCCACUGAAAUCAAAUAAAUAAUAAAAUGCAUUAAAACAAACAACAAUUAAA